AUGAAUAUGUUGCAGGGAGAACCCUCAGUCCAUAGAUCAUCUCGAUUGAUGAAACGUGUUGAUUAUUCUGGAAUGAAUGACUCAAACAAAGAGAAGAAAUCUGAGAAAAUAAGGAGACUGAAUAGUACUGCUUAUUCGCAAUCAAUAGAAUUUCUACAACUAUACUCUGAAGAUAUAUCUGUAAUAUGCGCAUUUAAUAAGUCAGUUACUGAGUUGAUUUUAGAAAUUAGCUCAGAACUUACAAACAAACUUUCUUUUAUCGAGUCUCACGCCCACUCUGCAAGAAUUACGAAAUCUGAGACAAAUUCAGAAAUUGUUAAAGUAGAUUCCAUAGUGACUAGAUAUUAUGAUAGAUUAAGUAUAUGGCACAUAGAGGUAGCUAGCGGAUUAUGUAAUAUGAUAGAUAUACACACCUUAGAUAAUACAAUAAAAACACUCCGCAUGGACAAAAAUAAAAGUUUUUGUAUCCAAAUUAUUGAUAAUCACUCAAAUACAUUUAAUAUGCUUCCAGAUGGAAGAUUUAUCUCUUCAGAACUUAAUAUCGCAACAGUCCUUUUUAGCUUUCAUAGCCAGAAUCAGUUUAAAGCUAUUUUCAGGAUGAUGACCAUUUUUCAUAAUGAAAUAACGAAACAAGAAGAACUUAUAGGCGAAAUUGAUAGAGUUGUACUUCGAUCCAAAGGAAUAACAGUUUGA